AUGUCGUUCAUUGUGCUACUAUUACUGUUCGGAGUCACGUUGGCCCAGUCCGAACAACAAGCUGGCCAGCAAACACAACAGGCGCAACAGCAGGCGCUUAAACCGCUUGGAACGGUAGAGAAACCGUUGCAGCUGGAGAAUCCCGCCUAUGAUCCGUCCCUGUACCAGAAGUUCCUGCCACAGGAUGCCGUCCAGCAGUAUGUGCACUCGUACACCGGGCAUCCGUACCCAGCGACUCCAUACUUCAGUGGUGCUCCGUUCGAUGGGGCUACCGCGUUUGCUGCCAUUCCGACCGGCGGAUUCGAAGGGUUCCUCAUUCCAGCCACGGUGGAGAAAGAUUCCCCGUCACUGCUCAGCUCGAUGCGCACACUGCUUCCGAGUGCUCGUUCUUUGAUCACGUUCGUUGGCCGGCUGGUGUCGGUGCUAGUCGGUUCCGUUGGCGUACUGUUCUUCGGCACGAUCCUAACGUCACUGACCUGUUUCUUCACGCCGUUCUGUACGCUGUCUUUCCGCAAUGCAAAGUUUCUCACCGGUGCGCAGGAGACGGCUCAGGAGAUCGCCCAAACGGUGGGCGAACAGGUCACACCCGAGCGGGUUAAACGGGCGGCCGAAUUCCUGUACACCGCGAUCGAUCGUUUCCAGCGACUAAACAACGUCGUAAAGGAGGCAACCGAACGGAAAGCCGCCGCAGCUGCAAGAAGCUGA